UUGCAAAAACAAGUUACUUUUCUCAAAGGAAAGGAAAGGAAAAGAGAAAGAACAGAAAGCUAUCUUGAUGGUUUACUGUGGUGUGGUUAACCCUCUCUCAGGAACAACCCCCGGUUUUAGGGGGAGGGGGGAGAGAGGCCUGACUGAGACCCACAGCAAGACCUUCCCACCUGUGUGAAGGACAGGAGUCAGAGAAGACGCUUUAGUUUGGGCAGCAGGAUCCUCUCGUCCGCUUUAAACUAAACAAAAACAGACCAGCCUUCUCCAUAAUUCAUUAUUUAUGUGCAAGAGCGUUCCAGAGGAUCAUAGAAAAUUGGAGCUGGGCUGCGAAUCAAAGCUCUGGCACGACAAACCAUAAGAAACGGGAAUUUGAAAGAGGGAGGAAAUAGCGACAAGAAGAUUCACAUAGACAGAGGCUGCUGGAAUAUGAAGUCUCUACCAAAGAACCAGGGACGAACCGACCAGAUUUUGGGCGCUAUGGCGGAUAUGCUGACAUCUCUGGCGAUACCCAAUCAGAAGUGGAACUCGGAGGGUAUUGAGCACCUGAGUGUGACACAGGAACAGAAAACAGGAAAACAACGCCCAUGGGACACAGAGGGACUGAAUUGGGAUGAUAUGUCUCGGGACAGCCUGGAAAGAGUACGAAGAAGAGACAGAGCAAAAGAAAUUCUAGUAGAUUUGGAACGGCAUGAAGACUCAUACUCAGCCGCUGGCAGUGAGGGCAGUAUCUCCACCUCGGUGGCCUCUCUGCCGCCCCAGGCUUCGGGUAGUUCAGCCCCAAACUCCCCAGGCUCCCGUCGCUCUGUCAGCACCCUGAAGAAAUGGCUGACCAAUCCUGUGCGUAAGCUGAGCGCCGGAGCAACGGGGACGGCCAAGGGAGAGCGGCAGGUCCGCAGACUGGAGGGCAAACCCCCACCUCCACCCGCCAGGAGCAGCCAAGACCUGGGCAGCCCACAGACAGAGGAGCAGUUCACCAUCCUCCCAGUCAUAGACAAAGACCUGGAGUGGAGAGAUGGCCUGCCUACUUUCGGUGACUGUGAUCCAGGUGUCCAGCAGUCCUACAGCUUCCAGUCGGACUCUCCACAGGGAUCCACCACACUAGGGCAAACACAGAUCACCCAGUGCACCAGCCUACAAGCUGACGACAGUGGCUCUGCACUGAUGGAUGACAACUCCAGCCAAUCAUCAGCCACCAUAGACAGUGAAGAAGAUCGGAAGAGUGCCUUAGAAAAAAGCAUGUAUGUUCUAAAAGAGUUGAUAGAGACAGAAAAGCUGUAUGUAGCUGAUCUAGGACUUAUUGUGGAGGGCUACAUGGCCACUAUGAAUGCAAAAGGAGUUCCAGAAGAUAUGAAGGGAAAAGACAAAAUAGUGUUCGGGAAUAUUCAUCAGAUCUACGACUGGCAUAAAGAUUAUUUCCUGAGUGAGCUGGAGAAAUGUGUGGCUGAGCCUGAACGACUGGCCCAACUUUUUAUCAAACAUGAAAGACGGCUUCACAUGUACGUGGUAUAUUGCCAGAACAAACCUAAGUCGGAGCAUAUCGUGUCGGAAUACAUUGAGACCUACUUUGAGGAACUGAAACAGCAGCUGGGUCACAGGCUGCAGCUGAACGACCUGCUCAUCAAACCCGUGCAGAGGAUCAUGAAGUACCAGCUGCUUCUGAAGGAUUUCCUCAAGUACUACACAAAGGCUGGGAUGGACACUGAAGAGCUGGAGAAAGCAGUGGAGGUGAUGUGUUUUGUUCCGAAGCGCUGCAAUGACAUGAUGAACGUGGGUCGGCUGCAAGGCUUUGAGGGGAAGAUCACGGCACAAGGAAAACUUCUCCAGCAAGACACGUUCACAGUUGCAGAACAGGAUAGCAGCAUUCUUUCCCGGGCUAAAGAGAGACGCGUCUUCCUGUUUGAACAGCUCGUCAUCUUCAGUGAGCCAAUAGACAGGAAGAAAGGAUUCUCUCUACCUGGAUAUAUUUUUAAGAACAGUAUUAAGAUAAGUUGUCUGGGUGUAGAAGCGUGUGUAGACGGUGACCCGAAUCGUUUUUCCCUGACAUCUCGGGGGGCUGAUGGCAGCACGGUGCGAUUUAUCUUACACUCUUCAUCGCUGGACAUCUGCAAGGCUUGGGUCAGUGAUGUGAGCCAAAUACUGGAGACCCAGCGUAACUUUCUAAAUGCUCUGCAGUCCCCCAUAGAGUACCAGAGAAGGGAGAGCAAGAGCAACAGUUUGGGCCGUAGCAUGAAGCCUCCUCUGUCAGCAGUGGUUGGUCUGAGACCCCACUCCUCAGCUUCUAUUGACCGACACAAACUCCCCUGUCUGCGUUCCUGUAACACAUCUUUGCCCUCUCUGUACCUGCCCAGCCAGGUCCCCACUGAUGACCACUCACAGCCAGAGUCAACACAAAUCCAGCGCUGUCAUGUGGACUCCAGACUAAAUUCCCAGACGGUGUCUCCAACUCAUGUGCAGCUGGCCUUCUCUGAAGAGCCGUCAUUCUCCCAGGCACCCCUAAACUGCCAGGCGGUCUCCAACGGCCUGUGUUCCUCUAACACACAAGCCUCACAGAGCUCGGGAGAUGCUGGUCGCAGAUCUUCACCGAGAGAAGGACGCAUGGCUGUUCCAAGUCCCUCCUCCACUCUCCAGCGCUCCAGUAACUUGGCCCAGCUUGAUGAGGAUGACCUGUGAAUGGAAAUGACCCUAAUUCUGACAUUUGCACCAGAGCAUGCCACAGUCUGGUCUUUAUUCACGUCUGUUAUCUUGUGGUAUUCUUCCUAAACCUGUGACGCGAAUUACCUAGUGACUUUUUAAAAUAGUUUUAUAUCAUUUCUCUUUUUUUUGUUGUUGUCGUCUUUUAUUAAAGUUGUGUUUUGUUCAAAGGAGAAUCAACCAUUCCUAUAUUGGGAGGUCACUGGAGCAGGAACCAGAGUAAACCUUUAUUUGAGAUGCAUUUGGUCAAGCGUGCAUGUAAUGUAUGAAUGUGUAUUUGUGUGCUAAAUUCUGAUGGCUUCGUCCUUGCGAACAUGCUGAACGUUUUCCAUCAGAUGUGUUUUGCAAAGAACAUACUGUAUUAUUAGAAACAUAUGAGGGUCCUUGGUGGGCUCACGCUGGAUUUUAAAGGUUUCGCACUAUCGGUGCCUCUUUACAGAAGCUGUCUUUCUAUCUCUCUUUCGUCUAUAUUGAAUGCUUUUGUGGGCUGCAUAAACUCUUCUGAAGGAGCUAAGGGGAAACAUACUCUAAAUGCAGCUAAUUUGUAUAUACCGUAUGUAGGAGAAGGAACUCUGCAUGGAGACACGGACACGUGGCUUUCUCUUCGCUUAUUGGAUGUUUGAAUUCUCGAAGAUCGGUCAACUCCGUUGUGGUGGACAACGAGCGCCGUCGCUUGUGCAGCUUCGUGUUCAGACUUCACAGCUACAGCUGGACACGAGAGAUCACACACAACGUGCAUCUGGAGGAACUGCUCAAGGGAAGGACCGAAAAAUGGACAGGAGUUGUUACGGCAGAAGAAAAUGCAGUAUAAAAGGAGUUAUCUGUGGUUAAAUGACUCUUUUGGUCUUCUGCAGCUCCUCCUCGGGUAAUGCACACUGCCUGGAUUACUCUGCAGGUCUUGUCAUACAAAUUGAGGUUGCUGAAUUAGUAUAUAUUAUUAUUAUUAUUAUUAUUAUAUAACUUAAUGAAGGCCAAAGUUGAAUUGUCAUUUCAUUAUGUGCCAAAAGCAGGUGCCAGUACCCUUUACACAAAAAUUAAAGCGAAAAUAUAAUUCAGUUCAUUCAUCAACAAUUAGAAAACAAGCCAAAACUUCAUUUUUAAGAAAAUGCUCUCAUAAAUACGAAGGAAAAGGAUGAAGAUGUCAGAUUUUAUUGUCCAAAGACUUUUUUUGGUUGUAUUUUUAGUUUUAUAGUAUUUGCUAAUAACGAACCAAAUCAUUAGUUAGAAAGAGGAUUGACAUUGUUCAUCUGAAACAUGUAGUUAGUCAUAAAAUGUUAGAUGUCUCACCAAAGAAGGGAUGGUAUGUGUUUGGUAUUUGAUGUUGAAGCAUGAUCAAAAAGCACUUUCACUACGUUUAGCUCGUUGCACAUUCUUUCCAACAGAGGGUGCCAGAGGACUUCAGCGCUGUAUACACAACCAAUCAGUCUUUUCCAUAGAUCAGUUUAAAACUUCCAAUUCAAAACUCUGCACCAAAGUUAAUGUGCUUAACCGUUGGCAUGUUUCAGAUGCAUUCGUAUAAAUAUCCUUAAAAUGAUUGUAACAACCUUCUCUUGCCUUGACGUACUAUUCAAAUCAGCAGAAAUCAGAUCAUUUGACAUAGCCCUGUAUUAACUGAAAGCUUUCCUGUACUGCCUUUCCACAAACGUGGAUUUGAAUCUUACAUUGUUGCAUGCUAUUUUGAGGAACACCUCUAAAGGAUGAAGGAAACGAUGUGGAGAAAGGAUUGGACAUGAUCUAUGUCUAUGUGACAAAACCUAUAAUUGUAUUAUAUCAAAUUAAACUGGUUCCUUUUGGAACACAAGAGUG